AUCUCUACUCUUCUUUCACUUCUGGAAAUACACUUCCGCAGGAUACCAUAUUAUAUGUGUAUCGGCGGCUCAUCAAAUUACCCUACUUUACUCUUCUUUGUUUUAUCGUUAUCCUGUGCAAUUCCUCGUAUAUUUUAUUAUUAAUUUGAGAUUAUAGUUUGAUCCAAUCUUCUGCAUUGUUAAGUUUUCGAACCCUAGUUUGGAUGGCCAUGACGGCUGAUUCUAGCCACCAUUCAACAUGUGGCUCAGAGAAUCAGUUCCGCGCCAAGAAUUUGCCCUCACCGUGGAGCCAAGUCGUCAGAGGCGAACCACAGUCAAUAUUAGCCGUUAAUCACUCGCCAUACUCUCCAUCCUCGUCAUCGUCACCGUUGGCCGACCAGGUAGCUGUUUCGGAUUGCUCACCAGCUUCCUCGCUACCGCCGCCGCUGCCGAAUGCUGGUGUUUCUCUGGAACACGGCGACGAAAAUAACAACAACAAUGCAGCGGCUCGGCCCAAGAAGCCAGCGUGGAACAAGCCAUCAAACGGUGUCGUCGAUGCCGGUCCCGUAAUGGGAGCAGUGGGUUGGCCUGCUUUAUCUGAAUCCGCUCGGGCCUCACCUAAAUCGGCGGCCGACCCUUCUUCCAAGACCGUCCCCGAUGGAUCAAUCUCAAGUUCUCAGAGACCUGUAAUAACAAAUACUCCUCAGAAGCAAAUUACUACCGAUGCAAACCCUAAUUCUUCCCCAGCUCGUUUAAUGCCAACUCGGCAAAGACCUGGAAAGCGUGGCGGCGGCGGUGGGGGCAAUGGCACUGCCAGUGCACCUGCACAAAGCGUUUUCACUCAACCUCCUCCCCCGCCACCACCACCACCAUUUCCUGUGUUUCCAAUUCACCCUAGUAGUUAUGGUGGUUUUGUGCCAACAAUGCCGGAGUCUUCUCCAAGAGAGGGUUCCUACAGGGGCAAUAAUUGGGAAGCCAGAUCAGUCGGAGGAUAUGUUUCUCAGCCAUACACUGGCAGUGAUCAUAGGAAUUCGGCGCGGAGGGGUGGCUAUGGACCACGUGGAGAUGGUCCUUACCACAGCUAUUUUGGGGGCAGGCGUGAUCAGGAUCGUGGAAAUUAUGCAAAUCCGAGAGAUGUUCACAUGCAGCAGGCAAGAGCACCUCCAAGAGGUUUUAUAAGGCCUCCACCACCGAAUGCAGGGCCUUUUGUUCCCCCUCCACCUGGCAGGCCCUUCGGAAACCCUAUGGGAUUCCAUGAUUUAGUAUAUAUAUCUGCAAUGCCUUUGGAGCCCUACAGGGGUGUGCCAUUUAUUACCCAUGCACCUCCUCCUCCUGUAAUCUUGCCGGCUCCAGAACCUCCUCUACCUGCACUCUUAGUCCAUCAAAUUGAUUAUUAUUUCAGCGAUGCUAAUUUGAUUAAGGAUGAGUUUUUGAAGUCGAACAUGGAUAACCAAGGAUGGGUCCCUAUUUCUUUAAUAGCAAGCUUUCCUAGAGUUAAAAAUUUGACGAACAAUAUUCAGUUGAUUUUGGAUUCCUUGAGGACUUCAACUGUGGUGGAAGUGCUGGAUGAUAAAAUCAGGAGACGUGGCGAGUGGAUGAGAUGGAUACAUUCAUCAAAUAGGUUUCCUCAGGAAGCAAAGGCAUCAUCUCAUGCCGAGUCAAGUUCUAAUAUGCUUGCAACUUCAUUUCAGAAGAUCACAGUGGAGGACAAUGCUCCUAGAGAACAUUCAUCUGGGUUGACUGACCAGUCCCGGCUCUCAAACGGCAAGGUCUCCGAGGAUGCUUGUUUAGACCGGAAAUGAUCAAUCUAUGCAACAAAAAAUGGUGCUACUCUGUUUGGGUAGUACACUACUUUUUGGAGGUAUGGGAGGAGGAAGGCGUAAAGGAAAUUUUUUUUUUUCAUUUUUUGGAUCAUUUUGGUAAGUUUUGGCAGUGUUUUGAUGAGGCAAGUAGAAACAAAACAGAAUAAGAAAAUUAUACUGAGUGACCCCUUAUUUGGGGGUGGAUUUUGAGACAAUUGGUGUAUAGUUUGGUUUUAUUACGGGUGGUUUUGUUUUUAUUUUUUCGGUGAUUUUUGGUGGCGUGGCUUGGCAAAACACUUUCAAGAGCAUACUUCAAGUUUUUCACGAGGGUAUGUUUUUCAAAGGAAAAAAAAAAAAAAAAAAAAAAAAAAAAAAGGUUCACAAGGGUAGACGUGAGUUCAUUUAGUGCUUGGUUGCUGGGACUAGAUGGUAUAGUUUUCUUUUGUUUUCUUCUAUUUAUUCUAGUCACGGCUCCCUUAACUCUUUCCUCACUUGUGAUUCUUUAGACUUCUUUUUUUUUUUUUUACACUUGUCUCUAUCACUAUCACAUAAUUAGAUUUCUUAUACUAUAUUGACUACACCUAUUUUAUAAGGAUAUUUGGAAUGUUUUGGUGGA